AUGAAUAUAUCUGUGUAUUUGGGACUCAAUAUUAAUGAUUUCUCUUUUGAUUUCUCAGCAGGGAAUGCUGAAAGAUAUGCCAUGGAAAAUAAAACAUCUGUGACUGAAUUCAUUAUAUUGGGUUUCUUGACACUCCCAGAACUGAAACUUCUACUGUUUGUGGUAUUUUCUUGCCUGUAUUUCCUUACGGUAGUUGGCAACAUCAUCAUUAUUGCCAUAAUUACUGCUGAUGGUGCCUUACAAACUCCCAUGUAUUUCUUCCUGAAGAACUUAUCUUUCUUGGAAUUAUGCUUCACUUCAGUCACCAUACCCAACAUGCUAGUGAAUCUGCUCUUGAAAGAAACCAAAAUCUCUUUUGUUGGGUGUGCAACACAGCUCUAUUUCUUUUUACUGCUAGGUGUCACAGAAUGUCUUCUCCUCACAGUCAUGUCAUAUGACCGCUAUGUGGCCAUCUGCAACCCACUACGAUACACAGCCAUCAUGAACAAGAGGAUUUGCCUCCAGUUCUCUGCUGCAUGUUGGUUUGUUGGAUUCAUGGUGGCAGCAGGACACACAGCUGUUAUCUUCUCUCUCCCCUUUUGUGGACCCAACAUCAUUAACCAUUUCUUCUGUGACAUUCAGCCUUUGCUCACGCUUGUUUGUGGGGAUACUUAUUGGAAUGAAGUCCAAGUCAUUGCAGUCGCUGGUGUGGUGCUGAUGUUGCCCUUCAUUCUUGUUCUCAUGUCUUACACCCAUAUCAUCACUACCAUUCUGAAGAUGAGCUCAGCCAAAAGCAGGAGCAAAGCUUUCUCCACAUGCUCAUCUCACCUCACUGUAGUAUCCCUGUAUUACGGCACAGCUGUCUUUAUGUACACACGGCCUAAGGCCAGUUACUCUUUGGAUAAAGACAAAUGGUUCACUCUAUUCUAUUGUGUUGUUACUCCACUACUGAACCCUGUCAUAUAUAGUCUGAGGAACAAAGAGGUAGAAAUUUAUGCAUUGCAAAAGACUCAAGGAAAUAAUAAGUUUAUGAAAAGUUACCAUUUAGUAUAUCUGUUUUUCCAUUUUUCAGCACCACAGCUUGCCAUGUACAUCAGGUGCAUUUUAUCUGAAGAGCCUACUUGCACAGAACUAGCAAGUCAGAUCUUUGGAUUCUAUACUGUGAGCCUGCAGAUUGAACGUGCUGGGUUAAAGUAA